AUGCCUUCCCCAACCCAACACCCCCCCCGCCCCUUCCUCUCCAACUUCCUCGCCGCCUUCCGCGCCCGCUCCUCCUUCCAACAACCUACAAAACAACCCUCCACUACCACCUCCACAGCAAGCACCUCCACACAGCCCCCCUCGCCCUCCUCCCAGCCCUCUCAGCCGUCUCAGCCCUCACAGCCCUCACACCCCCGCACCAUUACCCCGCCAAAAUCCCACAACCACCCCACCACCUCCGCCCUCUCGGCCCUGCACUCCCCGCCGCUUUCUCGCUCACCAGGCACGAGCCCGGGGUACAUGUCUACCAUGGCCAACUCGGCUGCGGCGAGGAGGAGGGGGAGUGACAGUGAGAGUGAAGGUGGCGGGGGGUUUAGGGAGAUUGGCAGUGGAGGGGGGGAGAAGUGGUAUGUGGGUGGACGAACGGCGGCGGGGGAGGAGAGGUUCUUUAGAUUGGGUGUUGUGAGGAGGGAUGGGAGUUUGGAUAGGGUUAGUUCGGAUAGGUUGAGUUUGUAA